CCAAAAUGCCACACCUGCCCGAUAAAGACCCCAAAGAGGGCGAGCCCUCUGUCGUCUUCCCUCCCGUCACCAGAGACCACAUCCAGAACUGCUCGUACGAAGCCUGGUUCCCCAAAUACCGGAGCUCGUGUCUCAAGUCACGCAUCAUACCGCUGCCGCCGGCCUUUGUUUCGUACUUGCAUGAAGAUGGCAUCAUCCUCGCAGACGACGACGAAGCGAAUGAGCCAGAGGACGCCGAAUGGUCAAGUUCGGCGGCCACGCACCCCCGAGUAACGCCCUAUGACUCUUCCGACGACGAGGACGAGGACGAGGAAGAAGAGGAAAGACUACCGCCGAACAAGCGCUUUCCGGAGACACACGAGCUCAUCAAGCAGAAGAUUGCUGAGCUCGGCGGCGCUGUUGCGCCAAAGCUGAACUGGUCGUCUCCCAAGGAUGCCAAGUGGAUAUCGCCACAUCAAAACACUCUCAAAUGCACAACCCCCAACGACAUCUACCUCCUCUUGAAGUCAUCUUCCUUCGUAUCUCAUGAUCUUCUUCAUGCAUUCGACGACUGCACAGACACUCCACCGUCGAGACCCUUUACGCCCGUUCUGGUUCUCAGACCCUUCUUCACACCUCACGUUGCCCUGGAGUUUAGGUGUUUCGUCAAGCAUCGUGCGCUCAUUGGGAUCACGCAACGAGAUCUGAACCACUACGACUUUUUAGAAAGGCUCCAGGGCCAGUUGUGGAAGAAGAUCAGGACAUUCUUCUACCAGAAGCUGAGACUGACGUUCCCCGAUUCCUGCUUUGCUUUUGACAUUUAUAUCCCCGGAAACACCUUUGCCGAGGAUGGCCUGGGAAAGGUGAGACUCAUGGACAUCAAUCCAUGGGCUCCCAGCACGGACAGCCUGUUGUUCUCGUGGGAGGAGCUUCUCACCAUGGAGGUUGAGAAUCCGCUGUACGGGUCUGUUUCCGAGCAUCAGGCAGAUGGAAGCGGAGGAGAGACGGCAGAUGAGACGGAUGACGACGCGGGAGACGAGUAUAGCCCGGGCCGCCAGCCAGAGAUUCGCAUCGUCCGCAAGAACGAUCCGGAGGCAUACAACUUUAGCUCGCCACAGUACUCUGCUCACAAGCUUCCAAAGGAGGUUGUGGAUGCCAGUCUGGCGGGAGAGGGGGGCUUGAGAGAGUUUGCGCAGCGGUGGAAGGAGAUUACCGAGGGUCGGGGCCAGGGAAUAUGGGAGCAGCCCAGCAACCUGAACGCUAGGACGUGAGGAU